CGUAUUUCAUUGUAUUAAGUGAGAAAGCACAUGUGAGGUGAAGGUUGUAGACUUAUUUCCCUAUAUUUCCUCAUGUAGAAUUGUUUGUGAUAAUUUCUUCACCUCUCACGAUAAACAUUAAUAAUUUGUAGUUGAUUUUGCUGAAAGUUGAGGCAUGGGAAUCCAGUCGUUACAACAGUUUAUUGAAACUCAUUGUCCUGGUGCCUGCGUACCGGUUGAUCUGUUGAAGAUCGCACGCAGUGUUGGUGUUCGCUGUGUCGGUGGUGUGAGGGGCCAUUUCCGAAAUCAGUUAUUAUGCAACCGACUGUGCUUAGUAGUUGAUGGUGAAUGUUGCUUAGACAGACUUUAUGGAGGAUUUUUUUCUGACUGGGUUUGUGGUGGACAAUGGAAUCGAAUGGUCCAGUUCAUAUCAGUUCUUAUCAAGACUAUUCAAAGCAACAAUAUCGAACUGGCAGUUUUCUUCAAUGGCGGACUCGAGCAGCAUCGUAUGAAGGAGUGGGUGAAGAAACAGCAGUCGGAUAGAAAGAAGGUUAAUCAAGUACUCAGACACGUGGCUCUUAAGGCAACUCCACCGCCGAAAGUUUGGUGGAUUCCACCUGUUUGCUUACGCACAUGCCUGAGAAUGGCCUUACGACAUCUUAAUGUCACAGUUGUGUGUACUAUAGACGAUCAUCACCAAGAAGUUAUUGCUUUCUGCAGAGAAAAUAACUUCCACGGAAUCAUGGCUGAAGAUGCUGAAUAUGCAAUUUUUGACCCACCAAGAUAUUUUUCAUCUGAACAGUUAAAACUAACAUACAAGGGCUCACUUGAAACAAAAGAAUUCAUACUUGAUGAAGUAGCCAAAACUUUGAAUCUUCAUCCUAACCGUUUCUGUGUGUUUGCUGCCCUUUUGGGAAAUUACCUACUGAGUGAAGAAGAUCUGACACCUUUCUACCACGUUCUUUGUCCUGAUCAGCCAAAAGAGAAGCCCAUUCCUGCAGAGAUACUUAUCAAAGCUGUCGUGGAGUUUGUACGUAGCAUUCCAUCUGUUGAAAACCUUGAUGCUGUUGGCACUCAGAUAUUUGGAGCAGUUGGACAGAACAAAAUUAACAAAUUCAAACAUUGUGUUCAAUAUUACUUAAAUGGUACCAAAGAUGGAUUUCUUCAUUAUCACCCAGCUAUUGAAGGUCAUAAAGAAGAGCCAGGCUGUUACCCGGUAGACAGACAUCCACUUACUUCUGGACAUCAACAAGGAAAGCCUUUGAAAUGUGAUGUCAAGAAGAACUCUACCAACUCCAGUGUGAAAUUUGCCUCUGAAACUGAAGAAAGUGAGCAGUCUACCCUGAGUGCUUAUCAUCAAGCUACUACUCAGUAUGGGACAGAGAUUACAAAAGAUUCUACCAACCAAGAUUCAAGUGGAUCGUUGUCUAGAAACGUCAAUGGUGGUUUGUUGCCAAGUCCCAGCACCUCUUCCUGCAGCAGUGACUCCAUCUCUAACUGUUAUAGCCCUGAGAUUGCAUGGGCUUCAAAACAGAAAAAUAAGCAAAACUCAGUAGAUAGCAAGGUCACACCCACUGGAACAACUAGCAUAGAGAUUCCCAGAAUUUCUCCAGAAGUAAUGAGAACUGCAAGUGAACGCCACCAGAAGGGGCUGAUGUCGCCAUGGAUAUACCAGCUCCUUUCUCAGGGUGAAAUCAAACUUCCCGUUAUGAUUGAAGAGGAAGUUCCUCGUGAUUUACCACCGGGUGCAUUGCUUUUUAGGCCUUUAAGACAGUUGGUAUAUGCCAUUGUUUUUAAUCUUCACCAUAUGCAGUUUAUGGCAAAGCAGAAGAAGGAGAAAGAAGGAAAAGAAGAAAAAGUUCCUGAUAUCAUAGUUAAAGAAUGGAUUUGGAGUAAACAUAAGCAGUACAGUAGCCCCGACCUCGUGCCAGCUGUCUCUUUGGGAUGGGCAGUGCCAACCAUACAGCGUCUGUGGUUCGGAGUGAGCCCCGAUGAGAAGAAACGACGUAUGAGGGCUUUCUUGACAUGCAUGAGGAGUGAUUCUCCACUGAUGUUAAACACAGCAUAUGUGCCUCAGCACAUGCUUAUUAUGUGUUGUGUUCUGAGGUACAUUAUGUCUGAUGAACGUCCAAUCUUGCGAAAGCAGGAGUUGGAUGCUUUUCUUGCCCAAGGGGUUUCACCUCAUCUCAUGAAUGCCCAGUUCACCCAGACUGUACAGCUGCCUGUUAUUACAAACAGGGGUGUUGAACUUGCAGCAAUAUUCAUGCAAGGUGUUGAAUGUGCACUUUUUGCAAAUGAUGCCUGCGGUGCACCAGUCCCUUGGUUGAUGUGUUGCCCUUGGUUGUUCUUUGAUGGGAAACUGUUUCACCAAAAGCUUUUAAAAGCAUCUGGAGCCAAAAACCUUGUAGAUAUCUGUGAUGGUCAGCUUGAUCAAGUAUCUUCAGUUGAACGGAUGCGUGCUGCCAUAUUAGAAGGCCUUAAUCCACAGUUUUCUCGACCACCACUAAUCCCAAUGGGACAUCCUGGGUCAAAUUUAUCCAAUUACUCUCGAAGUUAUCCUCCUAUGCUGCCACCAGGUGUUCACAUACCUGCAUCUAACCGUGGAAGGGGAAGGGGUUCUCCAGUCAGAGCUUCUACUGUAGCUGGCCGUCGAAUGAUUUCUCAUGGUGGACAACUUGAGGUUGGUGGAGUUGUUGUUGGAAGUUGGGGUCCAAACUAUGGUCAACUUCCUCAUUCACGCAAUAGUUCUGUGCCCUCUCAUGUUAGUACCAUGGCUGGAAUUCGAAGGUAUGGAACUUUAGCGACUCCUGUGGGGCGCGGUCUUACAUAUCGCCGAAUUCCCACAACUAAAAUUCGUAAUCCAGGUUUGGGUGUUUUCAGCAAAAAGAAACAAAAGAACAAGAAAAUAGGAAAGGAAAAAUUAUCCGAUUCUGAAACCCCAGAUGUUUCACCUGUCAAGCUCCCUCUAGGACGAGGCUGUACCUUAGAAACCUCAGACAGUCAAACAAUUCAAGUCAGCCAACUGAUUCCCCCAGGUGAUGAUGAUACAACAGAUAGCCCCCUAGUAGAGGUCCAAGACAAGAGUGGCAAGUAUGAGAAUACUAAUGAAAUUAUGAACCAGAAGUCUGAUACAUCUAGUCCCUAUGGGCAGCUGAACAAUGGUCCGUAUCAGCCCCCUGUUGAUCUCGAAAUCCAGGGAGACAGGGAUCAUUGUCCCUAGUAUAAUGAUCUCAGUUGUAAGUGAAGUCACAUCAUUUCUGUACAAGAUCAUGAGAACUAUGGUGUGUGACUUCACCUGCAAAAAAAUGGAGUGAGUGAGAGUAAAACUAUUCAGUAUUGUAGACUGCUUUUUGAAACACAAACCCAUUUUUAGGCUAUAUUCCUAUGACAUGGAUCUUACUGAUCUCAUGGGAAAAGCUUAAGUUGUUGUUUGUUGUGGGUAUCUGUUUUAAAAAGCACUCAUUUUUUUGAUUUUAUUUUUUUUUUUUUUACAAGUGUAAAGGAGAGGUUAUUUUUCUAUUGUUUGUUAUUUUGUUACAGCUGAUUUGACCUCAUCAGCUGUUGUUGAUAUAUCAAUUUUUUGAGGCUGGAAUUGGUAGUGAGUAUUCUCACCAGGGGGCUUUCUACAACCCCCGUAAUAAGGGCGACUGGUGGUUUGGAAAGUGCAGGGAAUGCCUUAAAAUAUAAGAGAAGGUAAUCAAUAAGUAGAGGAAGAAUUAACUCAAGCUUUAAGCUACAGCUAGAUUUAAUGCAGGGCAUUCCUAGGCCUCUUGAUUGAAACAUGCAAUCAUUGUGAGGACACAACAGAUUUCAUUAAAUGAAAUCAUAAUGACAGCCUUUAAAAAGUCAGGUUUAAAACAAAAGAAGACUCGCUACUUGCCGAACAAAGCAGCAAUGCUACAUGUUCAUAGAUUAGUAGACAAAUGUUUUUAUAUGGUUUAAAAAUAACAUCUGAAAUAUAAGCCACUUGCAGUAAAUCAAGUCCAUUGAUAUGAUUUUCUUUGUCUCCCGAAUAUAUGAAUUUUCCAUGAAUGACUGUACUAAUUGUGCUUUUAAGCUCCAAAAAGUCAUUUUAAGACAAAGUGUAAAAAUGUAAACGAAACAUGAUAGACAACAUUGAAGAUUAUUUUUGGCAGAUUAAAAAUUGACAGAACUAUUUUUGCCAUAAAUAUCUUCAGGGUAAAACAAGUAAAAUGAAGGAUGGAACAUUUUGUAAAAAAAUCUAUUAAACUAAAGAUUAUACAAGGCACAGGAUGCCGAGUCCUACAAGACCUAAAUAUUUUAAUGUGUAACCAUUUUUCGUAUCUGUUUGGCUUCUCUAGCAAUUUGAAAAAUUCUGAACUGUGUUUAACUUCAGAAGCUUUUCAUUGUGUGUAUGUUUGUUAUUUAAAUUGGUUUAGGUAUUAGUUUUAAACUCAAAAUAUUAGAGAUGUGUAUUCUCAAUAAUUAUAUCUAUAAAAAUGUAGUUUUUCUAAGGGGCCCACAACAAAGUGAACUCCUACACUACUUUCAGGUGUAUUAAUGUUUAUUAUACAUGAAUUUUUGUGUUUAUGGCUUUAAAGACCAUUGAUUUUUAACUGGAAUUCUUUAAUAAACAUUAUGGAGGAAGCAGAUAUGUAAUUGAAUAAUUAUGAUCUUAUUAAAAAAAAAAAAACGUAUUGUUGACAGUGUUGCAAGACUUCAUAAAAUGCUGAUUAACAUUAAUAUGUACUCACCAAAAAAAAUUGCAACAUCAGCCAGUGUUUUUAAGGGCUUUUUUCUCUUUGUCAUUUAAUGUUUAGUUCUGAUAUUUUAGAAAUAGUUACUUUAAGAAACUUGAUUAUAAAUAUACAAGUAUUCGAAACAUUUGGAUUUGGUUGUCCUUUAUUGGUCAAUUUAUUUGUAUGAGAGAUAUUACAUGCUACCUGGUGAUACUGAGUGUCAGGUACCUUAAAUAUUUGAAUAACAUCUGUUAUUUAGUAGCAAAAAUUUUUGUCAUAAAUUAUGGUAAAAUCUUAUCAGUGACACAUUAAUGUAUAGAGAAAGAAAUAUACUUAUAUAUCACAAAACAAAUAGACAGGUGUUUAUUGUGUGAACUACUGAAAGUUGAGAACCAAAUGAUAUUUUCAUUAUUCUUGAAUAUCUUUUUACAGCUUGGAAGUAUCUGUUUUUGAAUUGCCGAUACAUUUAUCCAAAUAUUUGCAAUUUUUUUUGUGCUACUGUAAUGUUAUCACGUAUUGAUUUGUAAUAGUUUGUUUAUGUUUUUAUUAUAUAUAAAGAAUAACUAAAGAAAUAUUCUAUGUUAAAAUAGUUACCCCCAUUUUUCAGUAGAAAUGGAUGUUCAUAACAUGUAACUUUUUUGGUGUUUAUUUUUUACUACUUUAUUCCUUUCUGACUGAUAUAUUCUUAUAUACUGGCAUUUUGAGCAGCUUAGGAUAGGACAAAGCUAGUGUGAACAACAAGGAUAAAAAAAAAAAGUCGUUAAAUAGAUAAUGCAAAUUGACCAAUAAUGAAUGUUCCAUGAAUCCAUAUGUUUUGUACUCCUGCUUUCUCUGAUUCUGGUUGUAUAAAUCUGUGAGCUAAGAAGACUAUGCUAGAUAUAUAUACAUCUGAAAAUACAUGAAGUUUGUAUUGAAGUACUUCAAACGUAAAACAACCAAUGUUCUGUAAACUUUAAAUUUUUUGUCAGUGUGAAAACCUAUAACUGUUUUGUUGGUUGUAUUUUUGCAUUUCAGAUUGAUUUUACAAAAUAUAAAGCUUGAAGUAUUUAAGGUUUAUAUGUUUUCUGGGCAAUAUUAACCCCAUAAGUAUGUAAUACUGAGGCGUGCCUCUUUAGAUAUCUGUGCUGAUUUUAACAAUUCGAUGUUUAGUUACCUUGUUUGUGGAUAUGUGGUUUUGACUUUUUUAAGUGGUUGCACAGUAAUAAUAGGUUCUUAUGUUUAGAAAUAAAUGAAUUGCAAGGAAAAAUAAAUUUUGAUCCACUUGCAAUCAUAAUAUUCUAAUUAAUGUUGUAAGUUUACUAAAAAUGCUAUGUAACAGUAAAAAUGAUAAUGUGCAUCAUAAUAUAGGUUUUUAAGAAGAUUUCAUUAAUGUUCAAUGGAUUUUUUCUAUUUAAAAGCUUAAUUAUUUGUAUCAAUUUUACAGAAAAUUUCCAGUGUUUAUUUUAGUGUUAGUUUAUAGUAUUUAAAGGGUAACCGGCUUAUUAUAUUCAUAUGUACGUGUACGUAAGCAGAGAGUCUCACUAAGAUUUCUCAAAACAUUGUGGUUACACCCCAGGAAUGGAAAACUAAAAUUGAAGGUUGGCUAAUACUUGUACCCAUUUCUGUCUACUGGAAAAAUUUUGUCACGUUUAGGGUGGACCAUUGAGUUAAAAGAGCUUAAGUGUUGCUAGGUUUCGUGAGACUGUAGUUUGUAUUCACGUACAGACCGAAAAAUAUUAUUAAUCUUUAAUUUCGUAUGUGUUAUUAGUGAAGUUUUAAUUAGGUUUGUUAAUGUAGAUGAAAUUAACAUAAAGUUUCAGUCUUCUGAUGACAUUUUUUUUUUUUAGUUAUAGGCUUGAGCAUUUUUUGUGCAUUUAAAAAUGUUUUAAAUAUAUAUAUACAUAUAAACUUUCUCUUUUUAACUGGUUAGUUUGAAUAUGAAAUAUACAGUUUUUAUGGUAUUUCCAUAUUUGGUAGUAGCAGUUGGGUGGGUUUUUCAGAACAGAAAAUGUACUUCUUAAACAAGAUGUAUGGUAAUUAUUUUUUAAUGGAAGAAUGUUUUCAUACUGAAGCAAUGUUACAGAUGAAUAAGUAUCUCCUUGACCUCAGAUUGGGUACAGGUCAAAUUUGAAAAUGUUAAUGAACUGUUGUUUGUUAUCUGUAAUAUACCAAAGGAUUUAUUUAGUUCCCAUAAAUUCCUACUAGAGUUGUUAUACAAGUAACUUUUUUUCCACAUAGUUUAUGCAAAAACAUCAGUAUCUCAUUCAUGAUUUGAAGACCUGUUUAAAACGAGUAUCCGCAGGCUACAAAAAAAAAAGGACUUAAGUUUUUCAUAUGUUCUUUCUGCAUUAAGAAUAUUAAUCAUUCAUCUUAAAUAGUUGAGAUUACAAGUUCGUUA